GCGUGUAGCGCUUGGACUGCUGAUGGUGAGACGCUCGUCGUUCAGCCACUGCCACUUCUGAAGUCUCAACGCUAAAUUCACGGUAUCAUCUCAAACGGAUUACAAUUUGGACACCGCCUUUCUCUCAAAUAUGAAGAUAUACUAUCAUGCCCCAUAGAUAGCAGACUCUUGGCUCUCUGGUUGCCGGCUCCUCCUGAUCGGAGAGGAUGCCUCCCCGGAAGCGCACGCGGCCCGCCCUGGGCUUUCUGUGCUGCUUCAGUAGCAGUGAACCUCCUGAGAUCAACCUGAAAGACAGUGUCCCGCUGCAGCUGCUGGAGUUCAGUGCACCCAUGCCCCCAGAGGAAGAACUGCAUGCCCGCUUCUCUGAAUUAGUGGAUGAAUUGGAUCUCACAGACAAGAACAGGGAAGCCAUGUUUGCUUUGCCUGAUGAGAAGAAAUGGCAGAUCUAUUGCAGCAAGAAAAAGGAACAAGAGGACCCCAACAAGCUUGCUACCAGUUGGCCUGAUUACUACAUAGACCGCAUCAACUCCAUGGCAGCUAUGCAGACACUUUUUGCCUUCGACGAAGAGGAAAUGGAAAUGAGAAACAAGGUGGUAGAGGAUCUAAAGACAGCCCUCCGCACUCAGCCAAUGAGGUUUGUGACGCGCUUCAUAGAGUUGGAUGGGUUGACGUGUCUUCUGAACUUCCUGAGGAGCAUGGAUUUCGAAACCUCAGAGAGCCGCAUACAUACCUCCAUCAUCGGCUGCAUCAAAGCCUUGAUGAACAACUCCCAGGGCCGAGCCCAUGUACUGGCCCACCCUAUGAGCAUCAACACCAUCUCCCAGAGCCUCCGCCAGGACAACAUCAAGACCAAAGUGGCCGUGUUGGAGAUCCUGGGCGCUGUUUGCUUGGUGCCCGACGGGCAUAAGAAAGUGCUACAGGCCAUGGCACACUACCAGAAGUAUGCUGCCGAGAGGACUCGCUUCCAGUCUCUCUUGAACGAGCUGGACAGAAGCUCAGGGCGCUACCGGGACGAAGUAAAUCUGAAGACAGCCAUCAUGUCAUUCAUCAAUGCCAUGCUGAACGCUGGGGUUGGAGAGGACAGUCUAGAGUUUCGCCUUCAUCUUAGGUAUGAGUUUCUGAUGUUAGGAAUUCAGCCAGUCAUCGAGAAGCUGAGAACACAUGAUAAUGUCACGCUUGACAGACAUCUGGACUUCUUCGAAAUGGUGCGGAAUGAGGAUGAAUCAGAACUGGCCAAACGCUUUGACAUUACACACGUGGACACCAAGAGUGCCGGCCAAAUGUUUGAGCUGAUCAAGAAGAAACUGAGCCUCACAGAUGCCUACCCUCACCUUCUAUCUGUCUUACAGCACUGCCUCCAAAUGCCAUAUAAACGUGGUGCUGGCAGCAUACAGCAAUGGCAGCUUCUAGACCGCAUCCUUCAGCAAAUUGUUCUACAAGAUGAGAAGGGAGAAAAUCCAGAUGUUUCACCCCUGGACAAUUUCAACGUUAGGAACAUCAUUAGAAUGCUUGUCAAUGAGAAUGAAGUCAAACAGUGGCGAGACCAAGCAGAAAAGUUCAGAAAAGAGCAUGUCGAGCUGGCGGCUCGGCUGGAAAGGAAAGAAAGGGAGUGUGAAACCAAGACACAAGAGAAGGAGGAUAUGAUGAAGACCCUCAACAAGAUGAAGGACAAACUGCAGAAGGAAGGAGUGGAGUUGCGCUCUGCCAGGGAGCAAGUAUUAGACCUGUCCUCCCGCAUUAGCGACAUUUCAAGUGAAGUUCCUUUGCCUGUUCCUCCUCUGCUCCCUGGGAGUCCGAUGGCUCCGCCUCCACCACCUAUGAUGAUGGGUGGCUUCCCUCCUCCUCCUCCACCUCUUGCUUUCUCCAGCCCACCCCCACCACCUCCUCCACCUCCCCCGGGGGGUCCUCCACCCCCGCCUGGAGCCCCGCCAAUCUUCUCUGGGAUUCUGCCUCCACCUGGACCUCCUUCCAUUAGUUGCACAACCAGCCUGCAGACAAAGAGCAUCCCUCAACCUUCACAACCACUCAAAUCCUUUAACUGGUCCAAACUGGGAGAGAACAAGAUCACUGGUACCAUCUGGUAUGAGAUUGAUGACAGAAGGCCCUUUAAGGUUCUUGACCUGAAGGACAUUGAGAAGAUGUUUUCAGCUUAUCAGAGGCAGCAAGAGCUGCUCACUAACCAAUCCUUCAAGCAGAAAGAGACGGGAUCAAUGGAUGACCUUUAUCUAAGCUCGCGCAAAGUCAAAGAGCUGUCGGUCAUCGACGGCCGGAGGGCCCAGAACUGUGUCAUCCUGCUUUCCAAGUUAAAAAUGAGCAAUGAAGAGAUAAAAAGAGCCAUUCUAGAGAUGGAUGAGAGGGAAGAGCUGGCUAAAGACAUGUUGGAACAGCUGCUGAAGUUUAUUCCUGAGAAAAGUGAUAUUGACCUUCUGGAGGAACACAAACAUGAGCUUGAGCGUAUGGCCCGGGCCGACCGCUUCCUGUUUGAGAUGAGCAGAAUCGACCACUAUCAACAGAGGCUCCAGUCUCUUUUCUUCAAGAAGAAGUUCGCCGAGCGUCUGGCCGAGACGAAGCCCAAAGUUGAAGCUAUUCUGUGCGCGUCGCGCGAGGUGAUGAAAAGCAAGCGUCUGACACAGGUUCUGGAAGUGGUUUUGGCUUUCGGGAACUUCAUGAACAAAGGACAGCGGGGCAACGCAUAUGGUUUCAAAGUGUCCAGCCUCAACAAGAUCGUGGACACAAAGUCAAGUAUAGACAGGAACAUCACCAUGUUGCAUUACCUGAUCAUGAUCUUUGAGAAGAAUUACCCUGACAUCCUCAAUAUACAACAGGACUUAUUCAGUGUACCAGAAGCUGCCAAAGUCAAUCUGGCUGAGCUGGAGAAGGAAGUGUUCAGCAUCAGGAACGGCCUGAAAGCUCUGGAGGCGGAGUUACGAUACCAGCAGAGCCAAGCAUGUGAUCGGGGGGACAAGUUCGUCCCAGUGGUCAGUGACUUCAUCACCGUCGCUAGCUUCAGCUUCUCUGAACUCGAGGAACUACUCAAUGAAGCCAAAGAUAAGUUCUCCAAGUCUCUGAAGCAUUUUGGAGAGGAGGAAGGUCGCAUGCAGCCGGAUGAGUUCUUCGGUAUCUUUGACAUCUUCCUGCAGUCGUUCAGCGAGGCCCGACACGACCUGGAGAACAUGCAGCGACGCAAGGAGGAGGAAGAGCGGAGAAUACGCAUGGAGGCCAUGCUGAAGGACCAGCGGGAACGAGAGAGACGAGUGAAGAAAAGCGUGGGCGGCAGCGUGUCAGAGGAGGUGGGAGAGUUCGAUGAUCUCGUGUCGGCGCUUCGCUCAGGUGAAGUCUUUGACAAGGACUCGAAACUUAAACGCAACCGCAAGCGCUCUGUCAGCCAGCUGGUGGAUGGAGGGGGUCGUGAAAGACCAGUCACCAAGGUGAACUAUUGACCCCAGUCAAAAGGAGACCAGACUUCCUACAUUCACAGACUGACGGGGAUCUCUCCUGAAAUGUUGUACGCUGCCCCAUAUUUGACAUUUUUGCUCAUGGACAGGCUCACUGUAAAAUAUUCUGGACAUAUGUGAAGGAUAUCUCUCUUGUUUCUGCUUCUCAGUCUUCCUUCUUUUCAUGUACACUCAAACCAACAUCUUACUGGUUUUUGUGGCACAACCUGAUGUUCAAUAAGUUCAAGAAGAGCAAUCUCACAAUACAAGAAGGAUCACUUGUCAACCACCCAAGGUUAUUGUCCAUUCCCUUGGAGAUCGAAAGAAAGUCCCACUUUUUUGGAAGUCUGGUACCUCGAAACUUCGGAUCCAACUGUGCUUUUUGAUCUAAAGGACGCAGCUGGUGCUUCUUAAACAUGAAAAUGCCGAUAAAAAAGGAAAUAGAUGUUGGGAUUGCCACAUAUGAAAUGUAACACUGUGGAUGCAGCCUUACAGGUUGGGAUAGUCCUUCCCCAAGUGCCUCAACACUCCUGGAUGGAGAGAAUAACACUUACAGUGGAAGAAUAAUACAAAACCGGAAGAAUUAUGACAUUAUGAAUGCAGAAAUUCGAGCUCCUUUACAUACAUUGUGUCAAACAGUUAAAAGAGCCCAUAGGAUUUAUAUGUCGAAGCAAACCCGCUCUCAUAUUUCAUCUUUUUUUUUUUUUUGUGUCUUUUUCUUUGAACGCUUCAAGGUACACCAAAGUAACACAAUAAUGCAUCUCCAUCAGGUUGUUACCGGAAUACUUUUGUGGCCUUGAAUCGGUCAUAAAUGUCCCAGCUUUCAUCCAAAACGCUCUUCUGGGAAGGAAGGGACAGUGACGUUUGGUUUAAACUUUAAAGAAGUGGUUAGUACACCGUGUGUCUUUUUCAGGUUAACAUACUGAACCUUUGGGCCUUGAUUAUAUUACACAGAAUGAUGCCUCACAUAUAUCUAAAUGUUUAUUGAGAAACACUAGGUACACUGCUAUUUUCCACGUCUGGAAAAAGAAAGAAAGUCGUCUCCUAGAUGUCAGACUUGAUCUCGAGGACAACAUUGCGUAACCCACUUUGGUUUUCUUGUUUAUUAUAUAUUGUGCAUAUUUUUUUUAAACAUGUAUAUAAAGUAGCUGUAGUCAGGACAAAGGUUGCAGUUGGCAUGAAAUGGCAGAGAAAAGACACUGACAGACAUCUGAAGAAGAGAUGUAGGGUCCACUGAGCUACGAGCUGUUUGUCGGCCUCCUGUCGUCGGCCCAUAUGGGGUCACAGCGGGCGUUCUGUAUAAUUCGAUUGUGUUGAUCUUUUAAGAGACGGUUAAAUAUGGACACAAAUGGUGCUAAUUGGUACAGCCAUCUCUGCGCCCCCUGACCCAGCUUAAGAAACAAGAUGGCUGUCUGUCUGUAUGAGAGAAUGGGCUUUGGUAUAUCCAUAUUUCGGGAUAAUUUAUUAACAGUCUAAAAAAGUGCCAUUACAACGGGCCAGUGCUGUCAUUCUCUCUCCUCACUUGCAUCAGCUCAUUAUGUGUACUUAUUAUUUAGAUUUAAUAAUUGAAAGGUGUAUAUUUAUGUAUAUUUUGUCAAUGGUGUACCUAUAUACCAAAUUGCAGUCCCGUCUGGUUUGUGAGUAAUCACUUAUUAUGAGUCAGUGUGAUGUGUUUAACAGUUAAAAAGAGCACAGAGCAUUUAGAAAAAGACAAUUAUUGCCUAUUUAAAUCUGAACGUUUCAGUUAGCUUUAACUGUAAUUAGUUUAAUUGCACUUCCCCGUGGAGAUCUUCCGGCAAAGUCCUAAAGCUUGAGCCGAUUCAUUUGAGAUCACGCACAAUUAGGAAUGUGGGUUUGCACAAUUUACCGAAAUGAAUACGAUGGCAUUUACUUUUUUAUAUAAUCUUACAUUUGAUUAAUUAUCUAAAAAAAAAAAUGAUCUCCUUGCCAAAUUAAUAUCGGGGUGUUUUGGGCUAUUUUUUAUUUCCUUUACGUCUUUAUUGUUCUCGUCAUGGUUUUUGCAGACACCUUUCCAGAUCCACCGAGUAUUCAAAUCUUCAGUAUUAUUAUUUUUUUGUAUGUAUGUAUGUAUGUAUGUAUAUUUGGUCAUUGAUUGUCCAAAACAGAAAGGAAAAGAUGUAGCUAUAGUUGCUUGAUGCACUUUCUUGUAGGACAAACUUUUCCUGCACCACAAACCCGAGGAGCCAAAGGCUGAUGAAAAAUAUGAAAAUUGAAGUAUAUUUUUGUAGUUAAGAAAUCAGGCCUUAGUAAAUAUGUGUAAAUGUAUCCAAUAAUCCAAGUUCCAUUGUUUUUUUGUUUUUUUUUAUAACACUAAAUCUUUUGUUGGAUUGAAUAUUGAUAGAUAUGAUAUGGGCCGUGAUAUGAAGGGUAAAGAAAAUUAAUUAUCUUCUAUAGAUGUUAUAAUGAAUGACAGUCUGCAUCUGAA